AUGGCGGCCUCCUUCAGCUGUCGGCUCCAGGGGUCUCUCUAUGCCCUCUCCCCGGCUCUGAGGUCCUGCUCGCGGCUCAGCCUGGCUCUCACACACCGCUGCUGUCAUGGAGCUCCCCCCAGCAGCCUGUACGCUCACGCCCGGGAGGGAUACAGCCACAAACCGGAGCUGGACAUGGACCGAGUCUGCGCGGAACCGGAGGCCGUGGUCCGGAACGUGGAGCGGCGUAAAGGAGAGCUGAGAGGAGAGGACGUCUGGAGGAUCGUGGAGCUGUGGAAGAAGCUGCAGGCAACGAAAGCAGAGAUCUCAGCUUUAGAGGAACAUAAGAAAGUCAUCAGCCAGACAGUCAAAGAACUAGUGAGCAAACAUGAGAAGAAGACUCUGGCCACUCUCCCUCAGUACUCGGACGCUCGUCUCGGGGGCAGAGAGGUUCGUCGCAGACUUUCUGAACUGAGGCCUGAAGAGAGUGAUCUGGAGGAAGAGUUCUACAGACGAGCUCUGAGGCUGCCCAACGACACACACCCAGACACGCCUGAAGGAGACGAAAGCCAAGCCCGAGUCCUGGAGCUGGUGGGACACAAACCUGAGUUUGACUUUAAGCCCAAAGGUCACGUGGAGCUGGGGGAGAAUCUGGGACUGAUCCGACAGAGACACCUCUCUCAUAUCUCAGGUCACAGGUCGUAUUAUCUGCGCGGAGCUGGAACCAGACUGCAGGUGGCGCUGCAAAACUUCACUCUGGACAAACUGCUCCAUAAGGGCUUCAUCCCUCUCACUGUUCCUGACAUCCUGAAGGGGGCGGUGUUCGAGGGCUGUGGGAUGCAGCCUCACGCUCACCGCUCUCAGGUUUACGCUCUGGACCCGAGUCGGAGUCCAGACCUGAACCUGGCCGGGACCGGAGAGGUGGGCAUCGCAGGUUUCUUCAUGGACCACGCCGUGAGGAGUAGUGACCUGCCCGUGCGGUCUGUGUGCAGCAGUACAUGUUACAGAGCUGAGACCGACACAGGACGAGAAACAUGGGGCCUGUACCGUGUCCACCACUUCAACAAGGUGGAGAUGUUUGCAGUGACGGCGGAUGAGACGGGACAGGAGAGCGCAGAAAUGUUAGACGAGUUUGUGAGUCUGCAGAAAGAGCUGUUCUCUGAGCUGGAGCUGCACUUCAGAGUGCUGGACAUGCCCACACAGGAGCUGGGGGCUCCUGCCUACAGGAAGUUCGACAUUGAGGCCUGGAUGCCAGGACGAGACAGCUACGGAGAGAUUUCCAGCGGCUCGAACUGCACAGACUACCAGAGCCGUCGCCUGAACAUCCUGUAUGAGAAAGAGAACGGAUUUCUGAGAUAUGCUCACACGGUGAACGCCACAGCCUGUGCCAUCCCCCGAAUGAUCAUCUCUCUCCUGGAGACUCACCAGACCAGAGAGGGGGCGGUGCUUGUGCCUAAAGCUUUGCAGCCGUAUUUUGGAGCAGAACGCAUAGAGAAGCCGACGUACGGACCACUCAAGUACAUCGGGCCAAACCAACAACACAAACACGUGACACAGCUCGGGCACGCGCGCUGCUUCACAUGCACGCGUCUCCCUCCUCCUCGUGCCCGCGCAGCUCAUAUUCCGCUCUCCUCAAGGUUACGCAGCAGAUCUGUGAAUAUGAGGACCGCGAGUGUACUGCUGCUGCUGGCGGCAAUGGAGGUGAGCUGCCGGCCACUCUCUUCUUCCUCACUCAAAGAAGCUAAGGUGGAGUGUAUCAUCCAGCAGACUCUGAGUGGAGACGAUGCACAGGACGAGUGUGUACCACAGCUUGCAGAAGAGCUACAGGAGAUCCAGAGACACCAUGGUCUUCUUCAGGAGCUGCAGGAGCUGGCGGAGCACGAGACAAAGCGAGAGCGAGAUGAUGAAGACGAGGGCUACGAGGACGAAGAAGACGAGGGAUACAACAGAGAGGACGAAGACGAGGAGGAGGAGUUUGGCGAGAGAGACGACGAAGAGGAAGGAGAGAGAGACGACGAGGAGGAAGGAGAGAGAGACGAGGAAGAGGAGGAGGAGGAAGGAGGGAGAGCCGAGGAGGAGGAAGGAGAGGCUCAGGAUGAAGAGGAGGUGACAGAGCAGACUGAGGAGGAUGAAGAGGUCCACGAGCUCAUGAAGGAGGCGCAGAAGAAGAACUCAGAGACAGAGGACGAGGAGCAGGGCAGGAGGCAGCAGGUGGAGAAGCUUGUGGAGAAGGAGGAGGAGAAGGAGGUCCAGAGCACACCCACGGCAGAGGCACCAGAGGAGGAGCUGAGGACCAGUGAGGAGCCCGGGGACCAGAAGAGGAGUGAGGACAGCAGCACUCCCAGCACCGAGACUCAGACUCAGAGCCACCGAGUGGAGCAGAGUGAGACCGAGGCACCAUCAGCCGAAAAGACGGAGCAGAAGAGGGAGAUGGAGAAGGCCAGCGACGAAGCUACCAGACAGUUUGAAAGAGAGAAGGAGGAGCGACACGAGGAGGAGGAGGAGAAGGAGGAGCAGGAUGAAGGAGAGGAGCUGCUGGACAUCGAGUCUCAGCUGCGGAAAGUGGCCUCUGAGCUCAGGGCGCUGCGCAGAGGAUAA